AUGAGCAGUUGGCCUCACUGGUUUAAAGUAGCAACUGAUUUGUGUCUUCACUCCAUGGUUCCCAUGGCGUUGUUGACAGAAUUUCAAUAUACAAUCAAAAUUCUUCAAGCUAGUCACCCAGCUGCCUUGGGGAGAUCAGCACUUGAGACAUUUCCCGAACUAGCUCUUGCAGGAGAGGGCCGAAUUGUACCAGAUGUCUGUACACGUAUUACACGAGCGGGUUAUUUAGAGGAUGUAUACUCUACGGUGUCUCUUAGUCCAAUAUUCACAGAGUACGGUAAAGUAGCAGGAUUGAUCAGUAUCAAUCCAGAGUCAACAAGCAUGACGUCAGUUGAAAGAACAUGUCACAUCAUUACUAAAAUUCUCAAAAAUAAUGCCGAUAUACCAUAUGCUAUAUUUUAUGUUGUGGAGAAACAAGAACGCGGAACUGAUGGAAGUGAAGAAUAUAUGUAUAUAAAUGGACAAUCCAAUACACCUGAUAACGGUGGUGACAAUGUAAUUAUACGAUUACCAGAUGAUUCACUGGCUGUUCUAUGCCCGGUGACUUCAAUAUCUAAUGGGAAAGACGUGUUAACAGCCGUAAUGAUAUGUGGCAUCGAUAAACACCGAGCCUUCGAUAAAGAGUACAAAGAAUUUCUCCAGCUCGAUCGCGGGAAGAAGAACGAAGGCAAAAAAACAUGUUGGCCGAAUUGGACAGGCAAAAGAUUGACUUUUUCCAAAACGUCAGUCGCGAAUUACGAAGGUCCGUUGACUCUUAUGCUUUCACCUUUGGAAGAAGCAAUGGAGUUAUGCCCUAGGAACUCUCCAAUAUUAGAUCAUCUCAAAUUAAUCCGGACUAAUAACCGAAGAUUACUCAAUUUAAUAAACAGCUUGUUUCAGUUCGCCCACAUAGAGACAAGCCGACUGCGCGCAUGGUUUUGCGAGACGAAUAUUGCAAAGUUAACAAUAGAAUUGACAGCCAGUUUCGAAAGUAUGGCGAAAACGCUUGGUCUAGAUUAUAAGCUCUUUGUCCCUAGCGAUGAAGAACUUUUCCGUCAAAUUGAGAAAAAAAGGGAGAGACAAGGUGUGGUUCUUGAAGUGUCUGACACAGGUGUUGGCAUACCGGAAGAACAUCUUCCAAAUAUUUUCCAAUGCUUUUACCGCGUCGAAUCACAGCCAUCACACGGCAACGAAGGUACUGGAAUCGGUCUGGCUCUCGUGGAAGAACUCGUCGAGCAACAUGAUGGAGAAAUCUACGUCACGUCUCAAGUGCAUGUUGGCACUACUUUCCGUAUUUGGAUUCCCGCCGGAUUUGACCAUCUUCCUCAGCAACAAGUUUACUUUGGAAGCAAAAAGGAUGUAUGCGAAUACGGUCCAGAAUAUGAAAACCAAAUUCAUUCGGAUACAAGCUUGUACUUGCGUAAGCGUAUUCAGAAAGCACACAAGGAGGAGGAGGAGUCUAAUCCAAAGCCUGAUGAAAGUGAUCAAAUUGGCUCGACGCAUACCGAUAGUGGCAGUUUAUCUUUUACAUCUUCACCAAGAUUAGAUGGGCAGUCGGCCUUGCGUAUGGAUAUCGAAUUUAACGCUACAAGAAAAUAUAUUUUGGUAGUCGAUGAUAAUGCAGGCAUGAGAAGCUAUUUGAGCACUUUGAUUCAGAAGCAGUUUGAUUGCGUUUCCGCUGCUGAUGGUUGUGGAGCUCUUAAAAUUGUAAAGAAUUCACAACGGUUGCCUGACCUGAUUCUGAGUGAUCUUAUGAUGCCUAACAUGGAUGGCUUUGAAUUGCUCAAAGCAUUACGUAGCAAUCCAGCAACACAGACGAUUCCUGUGAUCCUAUUAUCGGCGCGAACAGGAGAAGCCAGAUUGGAAAAGGGUGCGGAUGAUUAUAUCGUCAAGCCAUUCAACGCUCGUGAACUUAUGGCUCGUAUUCAUGUGACUCUCAAACUCUCUCACGUCCGUCGCCGAUUGAUUGCAGAACAACAGCAUGAAGUUGAAAUUAAGCAGUUACUGUUUGCAAUCAGCAACAAAAUUCGUUCUGGUUUUGGAAUACAAGAAACGUUUGAUUUUGAUGGAUUGCGCGAUGCCUGCUCGGGUACCUGUAUCCAAAACGCCUCUAAAAUUAAGCCUGUAAUGUCGGGUUUUGAAGCAACGCGAGCGAUUAGAUCGUUAAAUCCGGGGCUUCAGACGCUUCCAAUCGUUGCAUUGACUGCAUCCGCAAUAGCAGAGACGCGCGAACAAUGUCUAGAGGCCGGUAUGAAUGACUAUCUGACCAAACCGAUCAAAAUAAAACAGCUGAAGGAGAAGCUGAAGGAGUGGUUGGGCGACGAUUAA